AUGGCUGCUUCCAAUGUCACUGCUGGCUCUGGAUCUCCCUUGGCUUUAUCCUGUCUUGUUAUUGCUACCAACCAAAACAGACUGCGUUUUGCCCGUCAUUGGCUUCCCACUAUCGAGCCCAUUGCUACCCCAACUGCCACUCCCAUCAUUCGUCCAGAAUCAUUACUUGAACAAACUAUUAUCCACGAGUGUGCCAAGCAACCAGCAACUAAAGAGAGUGGGUCGUUCUACGCUGGAGCUUCUCGUGUGACAUUCAAACGAUUCGCUUCUCUCAACUUUAUGGUAGUUUCUACUCAAUCGGAAAACCAAUAUGCAAUGCUGGCAUUCAUUCAAGCAUUUGUCGAGAUUCUGUCAAAGUACUUUGGCUCUUUUUCAGAAUAUCAUGUAAUAUUUCAUUUGGAAAAGAUCCAUUUGGUGCUAGAUGAGAUGGUGACUGCUGGGUUUGUAGUGGAAACAAACCGAGAUUUAAUCUUACCUACGUUUGCUCAACUAGAGCGAAAUGUUAUGCCUGCUUAUACAUAA